UUUAUCUGUGUUAUCACAUUUCAAAGUGAAUAGCUGCUCUGGGAACUGUCACAUUCAGCUCACAACAGCACAGGUUGUAAUAUGAGUUUCCAGUAAAGUCAUUAAAGUUCUUUAGUGAAAUUAAAACAAAAUCAGCGUUUUAUAUUUUGUCGUCUUUGAUCGAGUGUUUCCUGAGGCCCAGUGACGAGCUGAGAGCAAAGUAACCACAUGAACAAGCAGCAAGUUGCAGCUUAAAGUCUCAGUGAAGAUUUAAAUCUGAGUCUGUUUGUUCACUCCUGUAACACUGAUGCUGCUUUCAGGGGCCACGAGGAGAAGAGAAGAGCUUCCACUCAACACAUGUGAUUCACAUCAGCUUUCAGGCUGUAAACACAACAUGGGAACAUCAAGAGUAGAUGAAUGACUAAUUACAAAGAUGCUAUGGCAAGAAAAGAGGAGGAGCACGCCACUGACUGAUGAGAUUAACAACGACAUCAUCACUGCUAACGAUUUAAAUUUCUUCUUCUCAGGGUUUUCCGCCGUAGACGGAGGCCUCGCAGCUCGCUGGCCCGCCUCCUCAGUGACGUCACAGAGAGCUGCCAGUCGUGGCUGGGUGAGAAAGUCUUCAGGGGCGUCUUCGGAACGGGACCAAACCAGAACCGGGACCAGGACCGAGAAGACGAGCGAGGUCACAACUGGGCCACGAGCAGCCAGCAGGUCCUCGGGCCGGACGAGUCCUCCUGGGUCGGAUUGGGCAGCACUGAGCUGGAAGAGAGCCGCAGCUUCACAUACGACCCGACAGAGAUCCCAUCCUGUCCUGACAAAGCGUCACACUGUGCACUGCAGUGUGUGCACUGAGGGAAGGCUGCCGCUCAGGAAGGCUGGAGCUGCUGCACUGCACCGCUCUGUGCCGUGUUGUACAUUUCCUGGCUCUCGCAGCUGCUCAGCCGCUCAGUUUCCCCCCCCUGAGAUCACAGUCAGCUAUACACCGAGAGCCAAAGUCCGGGUCACCACUUCCUCCUCCUCCUCCGUCUCUCCAGAUUGCAGCUGGCGGAUGUAAUUGAAUUAAGGAGGAAGCCUUUUCUUUUGGCUGCGGACGCAUUGGAAAGAUGGACGUGAUGUAUACGAGCGCGUACCUGUUGCCGUUUUUAUCUCUGCAGUAGGUGGGUUGCGACCGAUUCUGCUGGGAAUCGUACACAUUCAAAAAGCUUUCAAAUGUG